AUGCCCAAUCAACUCGGCGGCGGAAUGAUGCCCAAUCAAAUGGGUGGCAACGUGAUGGCUGAUCCGAUGGCCGCCGCAAUGAUGCAGAAUUCGAUGGGAGGUGUGACGCCGGGUCAGCUAGAACACAAGCGUUCCAGCAGUUCCAUGGGACGUGCUGGGUCCCGGCGGGCAAGCAGGCCAACGAGGCUGAGGGAAGGAGAUAUGCGUAGAUCGCAGUCGCACGGUGCAAUGCAGAGGUACCAGCCACAGCUUCCGCAGGACUAUGAAGACUACGACGAGCCCAGUGAGGACGAGAGCGAGGAAGAAGAUCAGCUUGAUUGGCGGUGA